ACUUCAUUAAUACUGUGACGCCGGAGGCCCGGGUGGCCCGAGCUGACGGAGGGCUGCGGUCGCCGGGGUUGGCGCUGGAGACCGGGCGUGCGGGUGCCGGCGAUCUCUGGGGCACCGAGCCGGCCGCGCCCGCGGGGGAGGGGGACUGAGCUGUCCGCAGCUCCCCGUCUCGGAGGCGCCUCUCCGCCCCGGCUCGGACGCGGGCCGCCGGUGACCUCCCUGCGUGAAGAGCGGCGCGGCGACAGGGGAAUUCGCGUUGCGGCUGCACGCGGGCUCCUCCCACCCAGCUGGCGGGCGGAGCUCGGAGACCGGGUCUCUGGUGCAGGCGUGCUGCGGCCGACCCGACGGCUGGACCAAGGAGCAGUGCUGGAUUACAGGCCGUGCACCUUGCUCUGCAGCCACUUAACCACUUGGUCCAGAAGCUGUCAGCUGCCGUUUCUGAAUGGAUUGGCCUAUAUGACUCUCUGAAGGAUAAGAACAAUGCUAUGUUGGGGGUAUUGGUCUCUGGGCCAACCAGGCAUCAGUUCCAACCUGCGAGGAGGAAUCGUGGCUGAGCCCCAGGUGUGCCGCUUUGUGUCAGAUAGAAACAUCAAGGAAGUGGCCUGCGGAGGAAACCACUCCGUGUUCCUGCUGGAGGAUGGAGAGGUUUACACGUGUGGUGUGAACACCAAGGGGCAGCUUGGCCAUGAGAGGGAAGGCAACAAACCAGAACAAAUUGGAGCAUUGGCCGAUCAGCACAUCAUACAUGUGGCAUGUGGAGAGGCGCACAGUCUGGCUCUUAGUGACCGGGGCCAGCUGUUCUCCUGGGGUGCAGGAAGUGAUGGGCAACUGGGACUCAUGACUACUGAGGAUUCCGUGGCUGUGCCCAGGUUAAUACAGAAGCUGAACCAGCAGACCAUAUUACAAGUUUCCUGUGGCAACUGGCACUGCUUGGCUCUGGCAGCUGAUGGCCAGUUCUUCACCUGGGGAAGGAACAGCCAUGGACAGCUGGGCCUGGGGAAGGAGUUCCCCUCUCAAACCAGCCCACAGAGGGUGAGGUCUUUGGAAGGGAUCCCACUGGCUCAGGUGGCUGCAGGAGGGGCCCAUAGCUUUGCCCUGUCUCUGUCAGGAGCUGUUUUUGGCUGGGGAAUGAACAACGCAGGGCAGCUUGGGCUCAGUGAUGAAAAAGAUCGAGAGUCUCCGUGCCAUGUGAAGCUUUUACGAACACAGAAAGUCGUCUAUAUUAGUUGUGGAGAGGAGCACACAGCAGUUCUCACGAAGAGUGGCGGCGUGUUUACCUUCGGGGCUGGUUCCUGUGGACAGCUUGGACAUGACUCCAUGAACGAUGAAGUUAACCCACGAAGAGUGCUGGAGUUGAUGGGCAGUGAAGUAACUCAGAUUGCUUGUGGCAGACAGCACACCCUAGCCUUUGUGCCUUCUUCUGGACUCAUCUAUGCUUUUGGCUGUGGAGCGAGAGGUCAGCUAGGGACUGGACACACAUGUAAUGUCAAGUGCCCCUCUCCAGUGAAGGGGUAUUGGGCUGCCCACAGUGGUCAGCUUUCGGCUAGAGCUGAUCGCUUUAAGUACCGUAUCGUUAAGCAGAUCUUCUCUGGAGGGGACCAGACAUUUGUACUUUGCUCCACAUAUGAGAAUUCUUCUCCUGCUGUUGACUUCAGGACUGUGAACCAAGCACAUUAUACCAACUUGAUAAAUGACGAAACCAUAGCACUUUGGAGACAGAAACUCUCAGAACACAACAACGCAAAUACGAUCAACGGCGUCGUUCAGAUACUGUCUUCGGCGGCUUGUUGGAAUGGAAGUUUUCUGGAAAAAAAAAUUGAUGAGCAUUUUAAGACCAGCCCCCAAAUCCCCGGGAUUGACCUGAACUCCACUCGGGUUUUAUUUGAGAAGCUAAUGCACUCUCAGCACGCCAUGAUUCUGGAACAGAUACUAAACAGCUUUGAAAGUUGCCUCAUCCCCCAGUUGUCAAGUUCACCCCCGGAUGUCGAAGCGAUGAGAAUCUAUUUAAUACUACCAGAGUUUCCCCUGCUUCAGGAUUCUAAGUAUUUCAUAACGCUGACUAUUCCUCUGGCGAUGGCAAUUCUUCGGCUGGAUACAAAUCCUAGCAAAGUAUUAGAUAACUGGUGGUCUCAGGCAUGCCCAAAAUACUUCUUGAAGCUGGUGAACCUCUAUAAAAGUGCAGUCCUUUAUCUGCUGAGGGGAAGGAAGACAUUCCUAAUCCCGGUGGUAUUCAACAAUUACAUGACUGCAGCUCUCAAGCUGCUGAAGAAGUUAUACAAGGUAAAUCUUAAAGUGAAGCAUGUGGAGUACGACACAUUCUACAUCCCCGAGAUCUCCAGUCUGGUGGACAUUCAGGAAGACUACCUCAUGUGGUUUUUACAUCAAGCAGGGAUGAAGGCUAGAUCAUCUAUCAUGCAGGAUACUGUAACCCUUUGUGCCUACCCUUUCAUCUUUGAUGCCCAAGCCAAGACCAAAAUGUUGCAGACCGAUGCGGAGUUACAGAUGCAGGUGGCAGUCAACGGAGCCAACCUGCAGAAUGUCUUCAUGCUUCUCACCCUGGAGCCUCUGCUGGCCAGAAGCCCCUUCCUGGUCCUUCAUGUCCGCAGGAACCACCUUGUUGGAGAUGCUCUGAGAGAGCUGAGCAUCCAUUCCGACAUUGAUCUGAAGAAACCUCUCAAAGUGAUCUUCGAUGGGGAAGAAGCAGUAGAUGCUGGUGGUGUUACAAAGGAGUUCUUUCUUUUGCUGUUAAAAGAACUUUUGAAUCCCAUUUAUGGGAUGUUUACCUACUAUCAAGAGUCACAUCUCUUGUGGUUUUCAGAUACAUGUUUUGUAGAGCGCAACUGGUUUCACUUGAUUGGCAUAACCUGUGGUCUGGCGAUCUACAACUCCACUGUGGUGGAUCUCCACUUCCCAUUGGCUCUCUACAAGAAGUUGCUGAACGUAAAGCCUGGGUUGGAAGAUUUAAAGGAGCUGUCACCAAGUGAAGGAAGGAGUCUUCAGGAGCUUCUAGAUUACCCGGGUGAAGAUGUUGAGGAGACUUUCUGCCUCAACUUCACGGUGUGCCGAGAAAGCUAUGGGGUGAUUCAACAGAAGAAGCUGAUACCUGGGGGAGACCGAGUGGCCGUGUGUAAGGACAACAGGCAAGAAUUCGUGGAUGCUUACGUGAAUUACGUCUUUCAAAUCUCAGUUCAUGAGUGGUACACAGCCUUUUCCAGUGGCUUCCUAAAGGUGUGUGGGGGCAAAGUCCUGGAGCUCUUCCAGCCUGCGGAACUGAGGGCCAUGGUGGUGGGAAACAGCAACUACAACUGGGAAGAACUGGAAGAGACGGCCAUCUACAAGGGUGAUUAUUCAGGCACGCAUCCCACCGUGAAACUCUUUUGGGAAACCUUCCAUGAGUUCCCGUUAGAGAAGAAGAAGAAGUUUCUCUUGUUCCUGACAGGCAGCGACCGGAUUCCCAUCUAUGGCAUGGCCAGCCUGCAGAUUGUCAUCCAGUCCACAGCCACUGGGGAGGAGUACCUACCUGUGGCCCACACCUGCUACAACCUUCUUGACCUCCCUAAAUAUAGCAGCAAAGAGAUUAUGAAGGCUCGACUGACCCAGGCCCUCGACAAUUAUGAGGGUUUUAGUUUGGCCUGAGGCUCCCCAGCUUAUCCAAGACAUCCUUCCCUUCCUCAGUGGGCACAUUGCAGCUGAUACAAAAUAUCAUGGGGAGUGAUUUCUAUUUUUUUAUUGUCUAAGUGGAUUGAGACUUUUGAAUCCUAAAUCCCAGUCAAUGUGUUUCUUGGGUUCAGUAGUAAACAGUCGUUUUGAAAAAUCAGUGGUUGGGGAUCGGUCAAAAAAAUUGGCUUUAGUAUGGAAGGUGGAAUGGAUUUUGUCUUGUUUUGUUUUGAACUCAGGUUCCUGUUGUUCCUUAUCUGUGAAUGUGCUGUGAUCUGCUGGAUUAAAUGGCAGUAGAUUUUUAAGCUUUUGUCUCCCAGAUGUGUCUCAGUGCUGCUGUUUCUUCCCUGUGCUCCCCUGCUCUUUUCUAAGCUUCUCUCUCCUCUGCAGAGAUAACUGAUUGGCAUAUCCCUUCUUGCCUGCCAUGCAGAGCAUUGCCGUUCUCUGCAGCUUCGGAAAUGCAUGGCUUGUUGCAGCCCGCUCCAACCCACAGAUGGAAUGGGCUUCUUCAGAACUCCCAAAUUCUAAAAAGCUGAGUCUGGGUUCAUUGCUUGUCAUAGCUUUUGAGAGUUUAUGGGAGCCUUUAUGAACACCCCCUGCUUAAAGAAAACAGGUCAUGAAGGAGUAACAGCCUUCUGUGACUGUCCACUGCCUAGGCCUCCCAAAAGACACAUUCACCUCUGGUUGCAGGUGGGCUGUGUGUGUAUUGUUAACCAUGACAUGUGGAUAGACAGUGAAUUAGUAAACCCCUGUACCUUGCUUUUGAAGCAAGUUUCGUUUUCUUGUCUACAUAUUGCCCUAGAAUGGUGUAAUUAAUAAACGUCUGUCCCUUUAUUACUUUAUAUCUGUUGCUUUCUCGUUCUUACCUUUUUUUUCCUGUGUUCUCCAACCCGUGCUUUCCUUGCUCUUAUUACUGUCUUUGCUACUUGAAUCAGUUCCCCUCAUCCUUGUGCUGGUGGAUGCAUGCUGUCUUUUUUAUUUUAAAUUUUGUAAGUUUUUUUUAACCUGUCUCUAACUGUUAAAAUAUAAAGAUAUUCUUUAUGAUAGAGUCUUUGUUUAUCACAUAUGAAAUGUCCAUUUACAGUGGGAUUUCAGCAAGAAGAUUAUGUUUAAGUCAAAUACAUGUGUCUCAGAAAUGAAAUGUUUAACUACUCAUCAUUGGAUAAGAAAAUUCUAAUGAUCAAAGAACUCAUGUAACCCUAAUUUAUGAUAUGUAGUAGCUAGAGAAAAGACCUAUUUAUAUAAAAUGAAGUACAUAUAGAUUGUGAUGCAGCAUCAAGUCUUGAUGGAAGGAAUGUAGAUUUUUGCUUUUUCUUUUUGUUUCUAAAAGUUACUCCAAUUGCUAAAUUGGUAGUUUUUCAGUCCUUAUAAAUAAACAUUUAAAAAAGAUACACAAUUAUAUGAAAUGUUUAUUUUCUAUGUGUGUGCAUAUAGUUCAUUAUUACCCAAUAAAUUUGGUGUUUUAACUUAAAA